AUAACCUCACCAACCACGAAGUUCUAGUAUCAUGGCUCAGUUUCUUGAAAGAAAAGAGGCUUAUUUUCUUCUUCCAGCCCUCUUUUUGCCUAUACUUUUUAAUCAUAAUCAAGAACUUAAAAUCUUGUUUUGUGUCUGAAAACAGCUCAAAACUACCACCAGGGCCAAAUCCAUGGCCAAUUUUAGGCAACAUUCCACACAUAGGACUUAUGCCUCAUGUUAAUCUAACAAACUUGGCCAAAAUCUAUGGUCCUAUAAUGUCUUUAAAACUAGGAACUCAGUGGAUGAUUGUUGGAUCAUCACCAGAAGUUGCUAUAGAAAUCCUAAAGUCAAAGGAUCGGAUUUUUUCAGGACGAUAUAUUCCUAAGGCUCUUCCAGCUACAAAGGAAGAACUUAACCAAUCAUCGCUUGGAUGGACCGAAGAUUGCAAUGAAAAUUGGAAGUUUUUACGUACAUUAUGUCGUGUGGAACUUUUCUCUAACAAAGCUUUAGAGUCUCAAGCAGUAUUGCGAGAGAAAUGUAUAACUGGCCUAAUGAAUUUUAUGGUGUCAAAGGAAGGUGAGGAGGUGAAAAUUGCUGAACUAGUUUUUGCAACUGUCUUUAAUGUUUUGGGGAAUUCUAUGAUGUCAAAAGACUUUAUUGAAUUGGAGGAAAAGGACUCGGAUGGAGGGAUGAAAGGCAUUAUAAGGGCGGCUAUGGAGGUGGCUGCGGCUCCUAAUUUAUCCGAUUUCUAUCCAUUUCUCAGCAAGCUAGAUAUUCAAGGAAUUCGAAGGAAGGCGGCUAUUCUGAUGGCAAAAUUCUGUGCUGUGUGGGAACCUAUCAUUGAACAUAGACGAAAAGAAAGGAAUAAUUCUUCGACGCAUCAGGAUUUCUUGGACAUCCUUCUCGACAAUGGUUUUUCCAACAAUCAGAUCAACCAGUUGUUUUUGGAGUUAUUCUCUGCUGGCACAGACACAACUACCUCGACCAUCGAAUGGACGAUAGCAGAACUGUUUAAAAAUCCCGAGGCAAUGAUGAAUGUUCGUGGAGAGAUUGACACUGAAAUCAAUCAAGAUUUUCCAAAAAAUUCCCAUUUAGUGUCUUGAAGCAUGCAUUAACGAAACAUUAAGGCUCCAUCCUCCUGCACCUUUGCUGCUUCCCCACCGGGCGAUUGAGACCUGCCAAGUAAUGAAUUACACAGUACCAAAAUAUGCUCAAGUAAUCAUCAAUGUUUGGUCUAUUGGGCGUGAUCCAUCUUUAUGGGAUGAGCCACUUAAGUUCAGACCAGAGAGAUUUCUUACCUCGUCUUUGGAUUUUAAAGGAAACAACUUUGAAUUCUUACCAUUUAGUGCAGGAAGGAGGAUCUGCCCUGGCUUUCCCAUGGCUGCAAAGACUGUUCCAUUGAUUCUUGCCUCUUUGAUAUAUUUUUUCGACUGGUCUCUUCCACAUGGAAAUGAUCCAAAAGAGCUAAACAUGAAUGAGAAAUUUGGUGUAACAAUGCAGAUGGAACAUCCAUUGGUGCUGGUUCCAAAGGCCAGAAAAUGAUUACACUGUACUGUCGGUUAAUAAGAACUACUUCAGACUUUAUUGUAUUCUGGGGAGCUGUUCCCCUAUAAUUAUUUUGCAUUACUGUAAUCAGAAUUGGUGGGACCAUAUUAUGUUUAAGGAAUACGGCAUUGUGUAACGUGCCUGGAAAUAAUAGAGUGCAGACAUAUUAUUCUGAUAAGGCUUCAUCGAUUUUUGAUUUCUUGGUCAA